UACAUGAAUAUGUGAGCCUGCGUGGGCGUGUGUGGGUACUAUUUAUUGGUCUGAGCGUUCUGUCUCUCCCAUGUUCUCUCUGUGGAGCUGCAAAGAUGAGAGCCCUGCUCAUUCUGUGUUUGGCUGCUGCCUCUGUUUGGACGGCACCAACUCAAACAGAUUCUGGUCCUGUAAUUGUUCUGAAACAAGGCAGUGUUCGUGGCAAGUACGUAACAGUAAAAGGCUUGGAUAAAGUAGUGGAACAGUAUCUGUCCAUUCCUUAUGCUCAGCCACCCGUGGGCCCUCUCCGUCUGGCAGCCCCCCAACCUGUUGAACCCUGGGAGGGGGUGAGAGAUGGUACACAGCACUCUAACAUAUGUCUUCAGGACCCAGAUGACAUUAAGAUGGUGUCAGAAAUUAUGUCCAUAAAUUUCACUCUCACGUCUGUCUCAGAGGACUGUCUUUACCUAAACGUGUAUACUCCUUCUCAACGCUUAGCAUCAGAAAAGUUACCCGUCAUGUUCUGGAUCCAUGGAGGGGGCCUGAAUAUGGGUGGAUCUAUUUCAUAUGAUGGAUCAGUGCUGGCAGCCUAUGAAAACAUAAUUGUUGUCAUCAUCCAGUAUAGGCUCAGCAUAACAGGCUUCUUCAGCACUGGAGAUAAACAUGCCCAAGGUAACUGGGGCUUUCUGGACCAGAUUGCAGCACUGCAAUGGGUACAGCAGAACAUUGAGAGCUUUGGUGGAGAUCCUCAGUCAGUCACUAUUGCUGGGGAAUCUGCAGGAGCAAUCAGUAGCUCCAUGCUGACCCUUUCCCCACUUGCCAAAGGGCUGUUUCAUCGAGCCAUCUUUCAGAGUGGGACAGCAACCUUGGGAGUUUUCUCAACAAAAAACACCACAGCCUUUGCCAAGGUAAUAGCAAAUAUCACAGAAUGCGAUAAUAACUCAGAGCUGCUGGUCAAGUGUAUAAGAGAAAAGACAGAAGAGGAUAUGAUAAAGGCAAUGAAGGCUGCUAAAAAGCACAAAAUAUACCUUGGAGCCACAGUGGAUGGGGAAUUUCUGACAGACAUAGCAGAGGAGGUUUUAAAGAGCAAGAAUUUUGAGAAAGUUCCAGUGCUAAUAGGUGUGACAAACCAUGAAUUUGGUUGGAUCCUCCCCUUGAAUUUUGCACCUCCAGGGUGGGAGAAAGGAAUGAACAGAGAGGCAGUGACUCUGGUGGUAAACCAGUUUGUCCCAGAUGUGACUCCUGGAGCCAAUAAUUUAAUAAUUGAUGAAUACCUAAAGCAUGCUCAGACUCCAGAGGAAAUAAGAGAUGAGUUUACCCACAUGAUCGGGGAUCUUUUCAUGGUGUUCCCAGUGCUAAAGGUGGCUGAUUAUCAUAGAGAUGCUGGAGCAAACGUGUACAUGUACGAAUUUCAGCAUCGUCCCAAUAUUUUUAAAGACAGCAGACCCAGCUUUGUGAAAGCUGAUCAUGCAGAUGAUGUUUUCUUUGUUUUUGGAGUCUGCUUUUGGAAUAACCAUAUUACAGUAUUAGGCACAAUAACGGAGGAAGAAAAUCAGCUGUGUAAAACAAUAAUGGGAUACUGGGCCAACUUUGUUCGCACAGGAUCACCCAAUGGACCUGGUCUGGUAAACUGGCCCCUCUAUGACACCUCUAAAAAGUAUUUGACACUGGGAUUGAAACAAACAGAGGGACAAGAACUCAGACAGGACCAAUUGCACUUCUUCACUGUGGAUCUGCCUCAGAAGCUUGCUGCACUGCAUACAGCCUGAAAAGCAUAUCUACUACUUUUAAAACCUUUUUUUUUAAUUUGAUUUCUACCAUAAAAAUUGGUUUCAAAUAAUCACGUCAUAUUAUAUAUUCCUGGAAGCAUA